AUGAAAAUUUUAUUCUUGAUUCUGAUUCAUAAUAUUCAUUUGGUUUCAGGUGUCUCACUCAGUGACCAGGUCCACCAGACUCCAGCUGAUAUGUGCAAAAACCCAAAUGAGACAGCCACACUCAGAUGUUUGCACACCAUUUCCACCUAUAACAGGAUCCUCUGGUACAAGCAGUCACAGGGUGGACAGUUACAGCUGCUGGGAUACAUGUGGGGAAGCCGUCCCACUCUAGAGGCCAAUGUGUCUGCAACCUUGGAUGGUAGUGCAGAUGAGAAUAAAAACUGCACCUUAACAAUUGAGAAACUCCAGCAGGACAGCAAUGCGGUGUACUUCUGUGCAGCUAACAACGGGGAGUACGAGGCUUAUUUCGGCGCUGGAACUAAACUGACCGUCUUAGGUAAGAUAAUCUGCAUUGAGCCACCAAAGGUGAAAGUGUUUAAACCUUCAACAAAGGAGUGUCAAAAUGAAAAACACAAGAAAAACAAGAAGACCUUGCUGUGUGUGGCCUCUGAUUUCUACCCGGACCAUGUGAAUGUGUCCUGGCAGAUUGAUGGGGUGGACGUCAAAGAUGGCAUCGCCACCGAUCACUCUGCCCACUGGAAUGGUACCCACUACCGCAUCACAAGCAGGCUGAGAGUCUUAUUUUCACAGUGGUUCAAACCAGGCAAGAAUUUCACCUGCACCGUCGACUUCUUUGAUGGGGAACAGACGGUUUCUCGUGUAGGCUGGGUCGCAGGCAUUCGAAAUCCAGGAGCUGCAGCAAUAAGAAACAAGUAUCUGAAGACCACCCACAAUGCCAAGCUGUCAUAUCUGGUUUUGAUCAUCAAGAGCAGCAUCUACGGACUCUUUGUGAUCAUCCUGGUGUGGAAACUUCAGGGGUUUUCAAGAAAACCAGAGAAAUGAGAGCUGAGCUGAACGACUGAGCUGCUUUCUGUGAAAACAAAAACAUUCACAGUAUCCUAAAGCUUUGCUUUCCAUUUGACUUUCUUCCAUUUAGUAUAUAAAUAAGUGGACAUCCUGUGCUGUUAUUAGUUAUUAUUCUGUUAGUUUGUGUAAGUGCUUUGUGCUCAGUUUGCUUCUUAAUAAAAGUACUCCU